CGCAGAGGGAGAGCCCGAUGGCGGUGGCGGGGGCAGGGCCGGGGCCAGCUCAGCCUGAUGCAAAGGCCGCCACGUGAGCCGGAGCCCCGCCCACCGCUCACCCCCGGCGCCCGCCACCGAGCUCGGGGUCUGGAUUCCGACCCCAAGGGCCUGGGUCUCCUCCCCCAGCCCCGGCGGGACAGCGGGACCCUAGGCCCUCACCAGCGGCGACCUGACCUUGAGCCUUCUCCUCUACGUGUCCCGCCCCCACUAUGCCAGAGUUCCAGAAGAGGCCGGAAAAGAGCAAUCGGACGCCCCUUCUUAAUGAUGGGGAAACUGAGGCCUGGAGCCCGGCGGUGGGAGGCCCAAGGUCACCCAGCGACCCAGGCAGCACGCCGGGCCGGCCCAGCGGUCUCACCUCCAGCACCACGCGGCCGAGCGGCUGCCCGUCGGCGCCCACGUCCAGGCCCUGCAUGCAGGCAGAGAGACCUGCGUCUCUUCACGGUGGCGCUGAGAGUCAGCCCGAGAAAGGUGGAGAUCCGAGGCGGGAAUAGAGAGCCAGAGGCGGCAGGAGGAGACAAGCCAAGACACCUCCCUGGUGGCCAAGGACUUCCUUGUCCUGGCCUGGGCCUGUCUCCCGACUGUUCCAAAGACUACACGCUCUUCCAGCAAGACUGGAAACACAGCCUGGACCUGUCGUGCUCACACCAGGCCCCCAGGCCUUCCCCAGGACCCGUCUGACUCCCACUCCCCUGCCCCCAUAGGCCGACAGGAGCCAGGGCAGUCAGCUGCCUGCCGGCUCCCCUCCCUCCCCCACAGACCCCAGCACAACCCUUGGGGCUGACUGCACCAGACCUGCAGGUAGCAGAGCACAGCGGCCUUUCUACAGGGUGUGCAGAAAAACCAUGGAAAAAGAAAGACAGAAGAGAAGGGCAACUCAUGGGAAGGAGUUGUGGCUAGGGACAUAUAAGCCCCACAGGCUGGCAGUGGGUUUUCUGGGGACCUGGGGGGGCAGUGAGAAGCCCACAGUGAGUGGAUAACAGAUCUGGGCCCUGGGAGAGCUCCUGGGCCAACGCCGUUACUAUCUGCAUGCAAAACUGAGACCCAGAGAGAGAGAAGGGACUGGUCAGGGCUGGGCGAACCUGUGCCAAUUCUCCCAGACUUCUCUGGGCCUCAGUUUCCCCAUAUGUACCAGGGACUGAUAACAGUUCCCCUGCUGUUUUCCAGUUCUGUUCUGAGGAUAAAAUGAACACAAGAGAAGGAUUUGUUGACUGUUAUGAACUGCAUCUGUGAUGGGCAGAAUUCACAGUGCCUUUGCUCAGGAUUUGGGGCUCAGAUGGCAGAGAGCCCCAGAUGCAGGUGCUCAGAAGCCAGAGGAAGCUAGGAAAGGGGGUAGGGGCUGAGCCUUGGAGGCAGGUGGGCAUGAACGGGGUCCAGCUCUGGACUAACCUGCCCCAGACCCUGAAUCAGCUCAUGGGAAGGGAUCAGUGCUGGCCCAAGCAAAUCCAUAAGGCCAGAGCAGACUGUCCUAGACUCAAGAGAAUCCUAGCCUGGCUCCUAUUCCAGAAGGUCACAGCCUCUUCUCUGUAUUCCUGGCACAGUAGGGGCCUGGCAUUCAGGGAAGCACUAGAUGAUCCCGGAGCCCAGGAGCUCCCCAGGUUCCAGCUUGGGAAGGCUGUGGCGCUCUGGGGAGAGGGGAGAUAGUUUCCGCCUGGGGGGAUCAGCCUGGAGAUGACCGUGUUCGAGGGGCAGAGGAACAAGCAUGUUGAGAGGACAUUCCAGAGGAGGAAUGAGCCAAAGCCAGCCCAGAGCUGAGAGAGGUCAGGGCUCCUGUAUGGAAAGGCUGAGAUGUUGACAAUAAGCUGAAAGGCCUGGAAGGGCCCAAUCACAGAGGCCUGACAUUGUUGGGUAGCACUGGGGAGCCAUCGAUGGUGCCGUAUCCCAUCCGCAGGACCUGCAUUGGGCCCCAGCCGCCUUCACUCAGGCCAUUGCCACUCUUCCUACCUUCUUUGGAAAAUCAAACAUCAUCACUACCUCCUACUUGAGCCAGAGAAAAGUUUCAUCUUCCCCAGCUGCCUGUUUGGCUAUGAAGUCAUCCCACCUCUGCUGUCCUCCACGGUGUUAGGAGGAGAGACAGUGCCUGCGGUGAGCCAUGAGCUGAAAUAUGCCCAGGCCUUGAGGGCUCCAGCCCAGGUGAUAUUGGGCAGGUGUCAGUAGUCACCUGGUGGAAAAGCUUUUGAUGGCCUCUGUAUCAUCCUCGAAACAGCAGCUUCUCUCCACUCUCCCCAAGUGACUUCUUACCCAGGUGUUAAUGGCUCUGUCACCCAGAGAUCCUGGAACUCUGCCUUUGGGCCUCACAGAGCCGAACAGUCAGGUUGUGCUGGGCUCAGAGGUUUUGCAAACUCAGACACCCACCCAUGCCGGGCGAGGCUGUAGGGAGUGAGGGGAGGUGGCACCGAGGCCAAAGGGCUAACGCACGCCCCAAUUAGAGAGUCAGCCGCGGCCUAGCCCAACAAUUGUUGCAUGUGGGAAUGUGGGUCCAGGGUGACCAGAUCUUCACAUGUUUCAAUAAAAGCUAAAAUUUGGGGGUUUAUGGAAAUCUCCCAAUUUUUAAAUUUUGGAAACUAAUUUUAAAAUAAAAUAAUUAAACCCAGAAUCAGCCAUAGAUAAACAUGCCCACAGUCCAGAUGAGGCCUCUGGGCCAGUAGUUUGCAAGCUCUGUUCUCCACUGUACAGAGAAUUGAAGCUCAGAGAGGGGCAGGCACUUGCCCACGUCACACAGCAGGGCAGCACCGGGUCGGUGGUCAGAACCUCUCUCAACUCAUGCCCUUCCUACCAUGUGCUGGGCCCUGUGCUUCCUCCCAGGGACAAAGAAAGGGGCGGGCAGUUACGCUGCAGCGGGAUUCAAAGUACUCUUGAGAAACGUCUCCCAGGAGGCCCCGCGUGAGUGCACAGCAGGGCUGGUAGUAUGGGGCUUUCCCAAAGGCUGGGGUCAUUGCCAGUAUCAGUCCACCCACGGUCAAAGGUGGAAAAUGGUCCCCAGGUGGGAGGCCUUGGGCUUCAGUUUCCUUAGCUCCGUCUGAGGCAUCUGGGGUUGUCGCCCUCUCUGGGUUGUUCGCCCCCGGCCCCCCAACUCUCCAUGAAGUCCUUCCGAAUGCAUCAGCCUCAGGAGGGCUCUGGGUUCCUGCCGAAUGUGAGGCAGGGGGGGACAGGAGGGGAAGUUCCUGCUGCAGGAGGCCAGGACGGGUGGACUCAGAGAGAGGCCCCAAGGGGAAGGUCUGGGGAGGCUCUCCUUCCAGAGGCCAGCUGUGCCUUAGAAGACACAGGUGUGAUAUCGGCUGUGAGCAGUGCAGUGGCAGGGACAGCCAGCGUGGCCUGGCAGGGCUCUUGGGUAAGGGACACCCACAGCUGCCUGGCUCUUGUACAACUCAUCUGUCCAUAACCUGAAGAAGCCUGCCUUCGGGCAGGCACCUGGCUUGGUGAUUGUGUUCCUGAUCCCGUCUAGUCCACAGGCUGACUGCAAGGGGGUCUGCGGGCCCCGUGUUAUGGAUACUGGCUCCAAGGCUCAGAGGGAGCCCGUGGCUGGCCCAAGCCCACAGGAGUGGCAGGUGGCUGAGCUCCAAAGCCAGCACGCUGCUGGACCUUGGUGUCCUCGCGAAUCUACAGUCAGCCUCUGGCCCUGCAGCCUUGGCGUGCAGUAGUGCAGGCCGACAACUGGGUCCACGCAGCCCUGAGUAGGUUUAGUCUGUUCCUGCUGAGGCUCAAUGGGAAAAGUCACUGGUCGGCAGGACCCAAGAGGUCCCCGAGCUCAGGCCCAGACUCUCCCUUUGUACCUGCACUAUCCACCUUAUUUACUAUUUUCUUUUUUUUCUCUCAAUACAUCCUUAU